GCACUAUGGGGAAAAUUACCACUUUAUCUGGCAUUUGCAUGUUUUUUAAAAGUUUUCUAAUUACGACAAUUUUACUGUUAACGCAUUAAGAAAACAUCAGACUGUUAUGCCCCAAACUCAAAAUGUUAAAUUUAACAGUCCCCUGUUAGAAAAACGGCUGUUAAGUCAGCUGUUGCAAUCGAAAGCACGUGCGGCUAAGUUGUGUGAAUUUGUACGCUGAGUUUGGAUUUUAAUAUUUAAUGAUGGAACAACAACUAGAGGAAAACCAAAACAUGAAUGCUGAUCUCGCAGGUAACCUCACUUUUUCCAACGUCGACUUGUUUGCAGUGUGGAAUAGCGAGAGGGGCCGGCACGAGCGAGAGAAGGCCGUUCAAAGAUAUUUUGAACUGCAUGCGUGCAAUAAUGUGGAUGAUAAUAUUUUAAAACAUAAAAGUCACCAAUUUUGCAACAAUUUGUAUUACAACUGGCUUAAAUGUCAUAGCUCUUAUAAGAACUUCGAAACAAAACAUUCCACAUGGAUGAAAGGCAACACAACUUUGCCUUUAAAAAAAAGUAACAGACCAGUUGACAAGCAAGCGAUGCUAAAACGAAAGGCAAGUAUACAGGAAAUGUUUUGGGCAAAACUGGCUUUGAAAGUCGAUAAGCCGAAGCAGGGGGGUUUUGGAAAUACAAAUACCGGAAACACUGCACGUCGCGCGUUUGCCAACUUCAAAAAAUUUUCCGAAAUAACUGGAGUUGAUCAACAAAUAAUCUACAAUUUGAGGAUCAUUUUGAUAUGUUUGUCUUGUCAAUUGCCAAUAAACUUAGAAAAAUUCGAGGCAUACUGUCACCAAACUGGCGAAAUGAUUGUGGACAGUUAUCCAUGGCUCCCCAUGACACCAACACUCCAUAAAAUUAUUGUGCACUCAAGGCAAAUCAUGGAAAAUACGGUGCUUCCAGUCGGCUGUUUUGGUGAAGAAGCGUCUGAGUCCCGCAACAAAAUUUAUAAAUCGGAUAGACUUCAUCACUCCAGAAAGCACAGUCGAUUUGAAUCUUUAGGCGAUGUGUUUAAACGAGCUUUGGAUACAUCAGAUCCAGUGAUUUCUUCCCUAAAUUUAUCGCGACGCAUAAAAAAACAUAAAAAUCUUUCCCUUCCCAUUGAGGUUAUCCAGCUGCUCUCGUGUGAGCACGAAUACAUAAGUGAUUUUUCAGAACAAGAUGAGCUUGAAGACAACAGUCUAUUUUUUCUUGAAAACUUCGAGCUGGAAAAUGAAGAAAAUGAUGAAAAUAAAGAAAAUUAAUUAAAAACUGGGUUUUCACAAUUUUUAGGGC